AUGUUGGAUUUUUGUUGGGAAAAACUUGUGGAUACGACCUUGGCUGCCACCCAGUGUAGCUCCGACCCCGUACAUUUUCCGAUCUUGGUAGAGGGGGCAGAGGGAACCAUGAAAAUGGACAUGGAAGAUGCCGACAUGACUCUGUGGACAGAGGCAGAUUUUGAAGAGAAGUGCACAUACAUUGUGAAUGACCACCCCUGGGACUCUGGUGCCGAUGGAGGAACUGCCAUUCAGGCGGAGGCAUCUUUGCCAAGGAAUCUGGUUUUCAGAUAUGCAACGAACUGCAAAGAGGUUAUUGGAGUAAUAAGCAAAGAAUACAUACCAAAAGGAACACGUUUUGGACCCUUGAUAGGUGAAAUCUAUACCAAUGAUACAGUUCCCAAGAAUGCCAACAGACAGUAUUUUUGGCGGAUCUAUUCUAAUGGGGAGCUUCACCACUUCAUCGAUGGCUUUAAUGAGGAAAAAAGCAACUGGAUGCGUUAUGUGAACCCUGCUCACUCCGUUCAGGAGCAGAAUUUGGCUGCGUGUCAGAAUGGAAUGAACAUCUAUUUCUACACUAUUAAGCCAAUCCCUGCCAACCAGGAACUUCUUGUGUGGUAUUGUCGGGACUUUGCAGAAAGACUCCACUAUCCUUCCUCCGGAGAGCUGAUGAAGAUGAACCUCACUCAAACACACAUCAGUCCAAAGCAACAAAGCACUGAGAAAAAUGAACUUUGCCCCAAAAGUGUCCCAAAGAGAGAGCAUAGUGUGAAAGAAAUCCUGAAAAAUGAUUCCAGCCAUUCAAAAGGAAAAAGCUUCUUCCAUGCUAACAUUUCGCCCAUCACUCCAGAAAGAGACAUGGACGACUUGAGGAAAAACUGCAGCCCAGAAAGGCCUAUAUGCCCUCGGGUUAUCUACCCAAUCCGGGUUCCCAAUGCAGAAGACUUGUUGAAAGCUUCUCUGACUUACAGGAUGGAGAGACCAACUUACAUUACUCACUCCCCCAUCCCAUCAUCCACCACUCCUAGCCCCUCAGCAAUAAGCAGCCCAGACCAAAGCUUGAAAAGCUCCAGCCCUCAUGGUAGCCUGGGGGACACGGUUUCGCCUUUGGCUCCCAUUUCUCAAGAACAUCGAGAAUCUUACCCUUACUUGAAUACACACUAUGGCACAGAAGGAUUGGGGUCUUACCCUAGCUACAUACCACCUAGUCAUCUUUCUCCAGCUUUCUUCCCCUCUUAUAAUGCUCAUUAUCCCAAGUUACUUUUACCUCCAUAUGGUGUGGGCUGUAAUAGCCUGAGUACUAUGAACAAUAUAAAUGGUAUCAACAACUUCAAUCUCUUCCCAAGGUUAUAUCCAGUCUAUGGUAACAUACUCAGUGGAGGGGGCAGCUUGCCUCAUACCAUGUUCAACUCAGCUACUCUUCCAAAUUCAUUACCCUCUGAAGGAUCCCGGAGAGCGCUACAACCAGAGCACCCCAGAGAUGUUCUCGUACCUGCACCCCACAGUGCCUUUUCUAUCACCAGCGCAGCCACCAGCAUGAAGGACAAGCCAUGUAGCCCAACAAGUGGGUCCCCAACUGCUGGAACAGCUGCCACAUCUGAACACAUGAUACAACCUAAAGCUACCUCAGCGAUGUUGGCAACCAACAGCAGUGAAGAAGCCAUGAAUCUCAUUAAAAGUAAGAGAAAUAUGACUGGUUACAAAACACUUCCAUAUCCACUGAAGAAACAGAAUGGGAAGAUUAAGUAUGAGUGUAACGUUUGUUCCAAGACUUUUGGGCAACUCUCAAACCUGAAGGUCCAUCUCAGAGUGCACAGCGGAGAGCGACCGUUCAAAUGUCAGACUUGCAAUAAGGGUUUCACUCAGCUCGCCCACCUGCAGAAACACUACCUGGUCCACACUGGAGAAAAGCCUCAUGAAUGUCAGGUUUGUCACAAGCGAUUCAGCAGCACCAGCAAUCUCAAGACCCACCUGCGACUCCACUCUGGAGAGAAACCAUACCAGUGUAAAUUGUGCCCAGCCAAGUUCACCCAGUUUGUGCACCUGAAACUCCACAAGCGCCUACACACCCGGGAGAGGCCACACAAGUGUACUCAGUGCCACAAGAGCUACAUCCACCUCUGUAGUCUCAAGGUUCACCUAAAUGGGUAUUGCCCCCUAGAUCCAACUUCUGGCCUGUCCAUGGAGGACCUGACCCGAAUCAAUGAAGAAAUAGAAAAGUUUGACAUCAGUGACAAUGCCGACCGACUGGAAGACACAGAGGAUUCCACUGAUAUGACCUCUGUGGUGGAGAAGGAGAUCCUGACUUUGCUUAGAAGAGAGAUGGAAGGAGCCAACCUGAAAAUGUCUUUGCAAAGAAACAUGGGAAAUGGACUCAUCUCCUCAGGGUGUAACUUUUACGAGUCAUCAGACCCAUCCCUUAUGAAGUUGCCUCACAGUCACCCACUACCUCUGUUACCUGUAAAGGUCAAACAAGAAACAGUUGAACCAAUGGAUCCUUAA